UGGUAAGAAGUUUAUGGGCGGGUUGGAGGGUUGGGCUGAGUUUGGAGAGUAGCAUCCACACAGCCCGCCAGAGGUUCAAAGCUCUUUUUUAGUAUGUUACACGUGACGGAAUCCAACCAAGAUCUGAUGAUCGCGAACCGGCAGAUAGACCCGCGCGUGAAGAAGCGCAACAGGAGUUAAGCGCGGGCAGUUUGUUGCCUACUCAACUGCCUCUCUAUAGUUGGUGUCGGGAUGUUCUUUUGUUUUCGUCUGUCCUUACUUGUCAUUUCCUCUUUCUAUAAAAGCUUGUAGCUUAUUUUCUUAUUUUUUUUUUAACAAAAAUGGAGCGAAGGAAGCCGGGAAAUCUAAAUUGCUGCUGGAGCUUUCUUCUCGCUUACUUAUGGUGUGGCUCCAUUUACUGUUACAAUUUAGACGUAUCCCAUCCCGUUAGUUUCAGUGGGCCAGAUGGAUCUUUAUUUGGAUAUUCUGUAUUGCUACACAAGAACAGGCGAAACACAUGGUUAUUAGUCGGAGCUCCAGUAGCGAAUUCAUCUAUCAAUUCAUCUGUUAGAAAACCAGGAGCAAUUUUUAAGUGCAGCAUUUCAGACAAGAGAGAAUGUCAGGAAAUACCAACACCAGUUCUAGACAGCUGUGGGAAGACUUGCGAAGCAGAGCGUGAUAACCAGUGGCUUGGAGUCAGCCUGUCUAGGCAGCCCAGUGAUGGCCAUGUUUUGGCAUGUGGACAUCGUUGGAAGAAUGUGUUCUAUUCCAAUAAAGAGAAUCUGAACAAGCUGCCUCAUGGCAUCUGCUACAAAUAUGAUGCUGACCUAAAACAUUCCAUACAGCUGAUCCCAUGUUAUAAAGAUCAUCAGCGUAAGUUUGGAGACGAUUAUGCAUCGUGCCAAGCAGGAAUAGCCAACUUUCUGACGGAGGACUUGAUGAUAAUGGGAGCUCCUGGGACAUCAUUCUGGACUGGGUCUGUCUUGGUCUACAACACCUCUACUGGGGCCCGGUCUGCCUAUGUGGAUGAAGACAACCCUGUCGACUUUGGCAGUUACUUGGGCUACUCGGUGGGUGCCGGCCACUUCCUUCACCCUGACUCCACAGAGAUUGUAGGCGGUGCACCCCAGCAUAAGCAGACUGGUAAAGCCUACCUAUUCAGAGUUGUAGAUAACAUACUGAAGAUCGUCACUGAAGUGAAGGGCCACAAGAUGGGCUCAUAUUUUGGUUCCAGUGUGUGUGCUGUGGACCUCAAUGGAGAUGGCCUGUCUGACCUUCUAGUAGGAGCUCCCAUGUACAGCACUGUGAGAGAGGAAGGACGAGUUCAUGUCUACAUCAACCAAGGAGCAGCUAAUAUGAAGGAAGCAGAAUUCCAACUGGUGGGAAGUGACUCGUAUGCCGCAAGAUUUGGGGAGUCUAUAACUGAUCUGGGAGAUAUCGAUGAUGAUGGCUUUCAUGAUGUGGCAGUGGGAGCUCCGCAGGAGGAAGAGCUGCGUGGGGCUAUAUAUAUCUACAAUGGGAGGAAGACGGGGAUUGCUCAGACCUUCUCUCAAAGGAUCACCGGGUCCCUUCUUGGUAAUGACUUAAAGAUGUUCGGCCAGUCUGUGUCCGGAGGCAUCGAUGUUGACGGAAACGGUUACCAAGAUGUAGCGGUAGGGUCCUUCCUUUCAGACAAGGCUGUGGUUCUGAGGACUCGUCCAGUGGUGGUAGUGGAAGCAACCAUGCCCCUGCCUCUCAGGCUGAACCGCUCUGUGGCGGCGUGUUCUGAUCAUGGUCUUCCUGCGGUCUGCAUCAAUGCUACAGUCUGCUUUAAGGUCCGCGAUCAACGCUUCAAAGGCGUAACAGAGCUCCAGUAUAACCUGACAGCAGACACGCACCACAAGGCGUCCUUCCCCUCCCGCUUCUACUUCCAUGGCAACGGGACGUCCAACACCACAACAGGCUGGGUCAGGGCCAGAAAUGACCAGCUGACCUGCGUCACCCACCAGGCCUUCAUGAAGAAAGAUGUUCGCGAUGUUUUCACACCCAUCUAUUUUGAAGUCGUGUACGCUCUUAAAAACCCCAGUUUUCGGAGUGGCGAGUCGCGGAAUUUCCCUCCUCUAAUACCCAUUCUGCAGCAGAGAGGAGGACGCAGCAACCUUGUGGUCAAUAAGACGGAGUUUGCUCGGUACUGUUCGUUGGAAAACUGUUCGAGCAAUCUGCAGGUUUCUGUACAUCUGGUGUUGCCACAGAAACACAAAAACAUGUCGUACUUUGCCCUGGGUAAUGGGAAGACCAUCAUGUUGAACACAACCCUGGUAAACACUGGCGAUGAGGCCUUCCUCCCAAAGCUCCAGCUAAGAUUCCCCAGUAACCUGCACUACAUAAAAGUGCUGGAUGCAGAGGACAUGUUUGUGAGCUGUGACAUUUCAGAGGAGAGCAAGUCCAUAGUCGGAGUGGACUGCAAUGUGGGAAACCUGUACUUCAGUUCUGGAGCCAAGGUCAACAUAAGUUUUUUACUGGAUGUGAACCAGAGUAGCAAUGCUGGCGAUGUUAGCAUUGUCAUCACUACUAGUGGGGACAAUUAUGAAAAGGAGGAUCUUCUUCAUGACAACUCUGCCACUCUAAUGUUACCACUGAGAUAUGGAGUGGACAUCAACAUCCAUGGAUUUGUGACUCCAACAUCCUUUGUGUUUGGUGACCAGGGGCCUACUCCUGAUGAUUGCUACACAGAGACAUUCAAUUACACUUACAAGGUUCUGAAUAUUGGUCCAAGUAGAUCUCUCAACACGAUAGUGGAGAUAGAUAUUCCAAAGAUUCUAGCCAAAUAUCCAUACCAACUGCUCAACAUUACAAACGUCCAGACCUCUCUUGGAGAAUGUGCCAUUAAAGACGGCUCCAUCCAGGUGGAAAAUCACUGUGAUGUGCCACGGUCACUGUUCAUCGAGGAACUGAUCUUUUUCUUCUUCUCCAAGUCGAGCAGACGCAAAAUGUUCUGUUCCUACGGGGAUGACCUUUGUCUGACCCUGGAGUGUAGACUGGGAGACAUGGACAUUGGGAAGGAGGCCAGCAUUCAUAUGGAAGUGAAGCUGAACCCCAACGUUCUACAGAUCUUACCGGGCCGUCAUGGAGUGAUGCUGCUGGAGAGCACCGGCAUCGUCCAGUCACCCAGAGAGGACCCUCACAACACCCUUCUACUGCGGAGCUCUGUUGCUCAGGUUGUGUUGGAGGGCCACUUCACCCAGAAGCCUCAGGCAGCAGUGAAGGUGUUUAUCAUUGUAGUCAGUCUACUGAUGGGACUCCUUAUCCUGGCCCUUCUUAUCUUUGCCCUCUGGAAGGCUGGUUUCUUCAAGAGGCAGUUUAAGAAGGACAAUGACAUCAGGAGGGAUAGCUGGGACUAUGUACCAAAGAAUGAGAAGAAUGAGAGUACAUCCUAAGAGUGAGAACCAAAUGUAGAAUGUGUCCUAACGGAUGCAUGGUGCUAUACUACAGCAUGGAGCAACUGUUGUGGAUCCAUGUUUCUACUAGAAGGCACAUUUUCACAGAUCUUCCAAACCCAAGAGAAUGAACUUCUGGACCCUAACAACUUUGGUGGCUCAUAAUCAAGUACGCAAAGAACAAGGAAUGAAAGGGCUUCAUUUCCCCAAAACAUGCAGAAUAGGAAGAAGGCUGACUAUGUGUACAUGUACGUUUAAACUGGGUUGUCAGCGGGACAAAUGAUUGCACUUUACCUCUGGGCUUGGUGCCGUGAACUGCAGCACAUUAAAACAUGGAAUGCGUACAUUAGAGUGGGCUGCGUAAUCUCCAAGGAACAGAAGAAAAUGCACCAAAAUGGACCGAAACCUGGGGAAUUUAUCUGUACAUGUCCCUUAAUAGAUGAGAGCUUACUUUCAUUUUGGUAAAAAGCAGUUUGCUACGAUGUGCACUAAUGAACUUGACCUAUGUCUCACAGACCCAACUACUUGGAGUCAGAAGCAAGUAUUGAUACUGUCUGCUGUACAACACAUGUAUGAAUGCGCUGCUGAAGCUUUUCUUUAUGGACUGUAUUGCUAUAUACACAUCUAUUUGUCAAACAUACAGUAUGUCAUACAUACUGUGUCAAAAAUAGGUUUGUAUAUAACUAAAUUGGAGAUCUUUCUUACAGUUUUUAAAUGAUAGUACUUUUGUUUAUUCUUAUGCAAUUUGUUAAGACACAUGGCCACAAACUGUCUUUCAUUGUGAAACUAGUGUCCCUAAAGUAACUGACAGAUUGAAUCAAGGACCUUUGUCUCAAUAUGCUCAUGAUCUGAACCAUGUUUAUGUACGGUAAUCCAAAACUGAAAGGAACAGAUUACUCAAGUGUUACAUAGCAUUUUGUGUCAUCUGAGAAAAUAACAUAAAAUGCAAUGGCAGCCUAUUGAACAAAUAGGCUGCCAUUGGGUCUCACUCAUUUUGGAAUAGUGGGCUGACUCUCUGAAUGACACACGGCACUCUUCAAGGGGACAGCACCUUGUGGUUGCGCCGCUUGUGUGGGGGCGUGUGUGUACGUGCGUCCGUUCACGUGUGUGUGACCACGCUGUGUGCACCCUGGCAGUUGUUUCUCAACACAGUCAGAAUUGAAACCUGAAGGGGUUGUUCUUCAUAAUAUAGGCUGUACAACAGUCUUACCGCUGUCUGUUGAAACAGUUACAUGAAUGUUACAUGAGGUGGUGCUCAUAUAUGACAGGAUAGUUUUGUGGUUAUUGGGAUGAUUAAAUCACUACUUGCAUUUUAACAUUCAGGACAUGUAAUUCAGGGAGUCUACCUUUCCUGACCAAGUUGUCAGUUUUUAGAAAAAGAAAUUCAAGGGGGCACAUUUCAAUUUUAAUUUAAUUUUUUAACAAAUAGCUGCGUGGCAUGUAAAACAGGCAGACUACAUUGUGUUUGUCAACACAUUUUGCUUAAUCGGUCGGAUAAUUUAUGUAAUUGUGCACUGGAAUGUAUUAUUAUUUUGUCUGCUUUUAUAUAAAUCAAGAUUUCCUAUUUAA